AUGGAUCGGUUUCCAGGCCAUGAAGCAGUGACAAGGGAACUGGUCCGAGGCCGUGAGUUGGCGUCGCAAUUAAGAGCCGUCCUAAGAGAGCUGGUGGCUGGCGGGCGGUGCGAGCCAGUUGAUGCUCUGGUGGAAGAGAUUUCCGGGUCCUUCGCCAGAGCUCUCACCGUCUUAACCUCUGGAGAAGCCCGGGUUGUUCGUUCGGAUCCCGAGACCUUCGCACCGAGCUCGCAGAACACACAGCAAGAAGGGGGGAAUGGCAAGAUGCUUAAGAUUUCUGAAGCCAGAUGUUGGAAUGCCGGCAUCAGGAGGAGAGGAUAUUCAGGUGCACAGAAGGUCAUUUCAGCCACAGAAUUAGAAGAUGGCCAUAUAUGGAAAAAAUAUGGGCAAAAGAAGAUUCUUGGGGCCAAAUAUCCAAGGGGCUACUUCAAGUGUGGUCAGAAAAAAGACCAAGGCUGCCAAGCAAUAAAACAUGUGCAAAGAAUGCAAGAUGACCCACCAAUGUUUCUUGUCACCUACAUUGGGCAGCAUUCAUGUACAGAUGUAUUUCAAACUUCGCAGUGGAUUCCUGAUGAUUCACCCCCUUCAGACAAAUGCAUGCUUAGCUUCGAAUCGGAUCGAUCCAGCAUUAAUCACCAAGGGAACUACUGGUCCUCACCAGAGGUGGUGCCAAAGUCUCCAACGCUUUGGGAACCUUCCCAGGCUACAAGCUCCAAGAAAUCAACCAUGGAGACGAGCUAUGACGCCCCUUCCAUCCCAGCAGCAGUUGAUUUGCCUGAAUGGAGUCCAUUUUUAAUGGAUAGACCAGGCUGCAGCAGUGCAGUUCCCGGUAUGCCUUCACCACCAGUCCCCCAAGCUACAGAUGUGGACUCAUUCAUGGGUUUACUUGAAUCAUUUGCUGGCCUGUGUUCUGACAAGGAUGUUGGUUACGAGGGAAAUAGAAGUAAGGACCCGUAA